AUGCAUCAACCCACUGGAUGGGACAACCUCAAGAAGAUAAGCAUCCUCGAAGAAAAUCUUACGAAGUUUAAGCGUGACGAUCCCUUCUCUUCUAUUGUGCCCCAACCCGAGGAAGAACGCUCAGCUCCAAAGGAGACCGAGGUGACUGCAAUAGACGAGCAGGUGAGCACUGAUGUGUGUGUAAUCCAUUUAGCCGCAAUGUUCAACAAAUUGGCCGUCGCUAUAACUGCGAGGCUCUUUGUUGUACAGAAUGGGAUGAAGCGCAAGUGUACACUAUGCCUAAGCCCGCUCUGA